CUUGAUCCGGGUAUGUUAUUGUCACCUGCCGCUAUUGCCUUUCUGGCGUUUGAAAUCAGGAAUCAUUUGAUCGUUCAGGAUAACCUGGCUUAAAACAGAAAUCUGGAGAGUCCUUCAAGUUUCGUGUGAACUUAAACAUUGGAAAAUGAUACUGAUUAUCAUUUGUAUCACCUUAUCUUUGUUUGGUGCCAAGGCUUUGAAUGAACAAUCUAGGCAACAAAUUAACAACACGAAAACAACUAGUGAUGAUGUCGUCUCAACGACACCUCCAAACGACACAACCACAGAACAGUCAACAAUGGAUAUCACCCACAACAAAAACAUAGGUAGUAGCUCAGGAAAGACCACCGCUGCUCAUGAUAUCAUGUCCACCACAGAACAGCCAAUCAUGGAUGUCACACAAAAACCCACAAGCAGUAGCUCAGGAAACUGGAUGCUAAAUGACCAGAACACCACCGUACCGUACAAUGGCGACGUCACCAAAAGACCUAGCUUAAUCGUCAUGGCCAUGAUCUUAAAUGCUUUCAUAUUCAUCUAAAUAUUAAUAGCUAACAUAAAGUUACAAUUUUCUGUAUUAUUUUUCUCAGAACAUCUAUAACCCAGAAAUUAUUUUCUGAAUCAAUCAUAAUUUAUUAAUUCUUAUUAAACAUUUUCUUUAAUAAUAACAACAAUUUAUAUUAGUGAACAAUCAUUUGUAAUUAGAGCACAUUUGUGUAGAUAUAAAUCCUGAAAUGAUGUAGUCUGAGUAUCGCCAUCUUGCGAUCUUUUAAAGAAAGUAAAUUUAUUAUUUGUUCAAAUAUUUCAGGAUAUAAAAUGAGUUUUAUUAUUGAAAAUAGAUUUGUUUUUUUAAACUGUAUAAGAAUAAAAUCUUCUAAACCGUCCCGAUGUACAUAACAGAGAAUUACUAAGAUUGAGUCAAUAAGCAUUAAAUCUAAUUAGCCAUUGAUGUUAUAAUAAAUUACAUUGUGUUCAUUUAAUUUAUGGAAAUAAAAAAGCAGUCAGAUGACAAGUAGUAAAUACUUCAAAAGAUAUUCCAGAUUUAAACAUAUUAAACUAUACAUAUAUGCAGCAAAGUUUUAUUUCAA